CGGAAGUCUCUCAGCGUGAGCGAGUGUGAGCCAGAGGGACAGAGGCGGGAGACAGUCCCGUUCAACAAAAGUGGCCCGUCAGGGAAAGUUGCCGGUGGGAAUAGAGUCAGCGCUGGUUAUUACAUCUAAACAAGCUCGACAAGAAUGGAUAUCGAGAAAGAAGUUAAAAAGAUAACCCUGGGCCAUGAAAUUGGAGCCGGAGCUGCCUGUCUGAAAUGCAAGGACAAGUGUGAAGGCUUUGAGCUUCAUUUCUGGCGAAAGAUUUGUCGAAACUGCAAGUGUGGUGUUGAAGACCAUGACGUGCAGCUCGAAAAUGAGGAGAAUAAGAAGGUGGGGAAGCUUUUUGAGGACACCAAGUACACAGGCCUCAUUGCCAAGCUGAAGAGAGAUGGCAUCCCGUCUUAUAAAGGCAACCAAGUCACCAUCUGCAUCCCGGAUGCCACCAUCAGCACUGCUAGUCCUGUUCCUGCCGCUUCCUUUAUCCCCGGGUCCAGCCAGAGUUCCAUCCCCAGUGCUCAUUCUGCUCAUUCCCAACCUGCUGGUGCCACUGCUGCACCAGUGGCUGCAAUUCACUCCCCUUCUGCUGCCCCUGCAAUAAGCCGUACCCCAGGAACAGGCCGUACAGCUGCAUCAGUGCCAGGCCAUAGUGUGGUUUCAUCUGCUGCCAUCCCAACCAAAGUCCCUGUUGCUGCCACUACUGUUGUCCCAGCCCCUACCCCAGUGCCUGCCAAAACAGAUGUGGUUAAGUCUGUUACCUAUGAAUGGGCUCCACCUGGAGUCAACCAAAGCUUGGCUCUGCAAUACAUGGAGCUUCUGCCUCCGGAGCGGCGGCCCAUUGCUGGUACGGCAGGAGCAGAUUACCGUAAGAAACAGAUGGCUAAGCAGCUUCCUGACCACGACCAAGACCCCGAGCGCUGCCACGAACUCUCGCCCAGUGAGGUUAAGCAAAUGCAGCAGUAUGUCCGCAAGUACAAGGAUGAGGCGCUGGGCGUAGGUGACAUCACCCUGCCCGAAGAGAUGGGACAACAGGCAGGUAUGGCUGGGGAAAGGGGUCCACAAGGCCUCGGGGCAGGAGGGAAGCCUGGUGCUGGAACAAUAGGGACCCCAGGAGACAAAGGUGACGCUAUUGCUACAAUGGGAAAAGUUGGCACCCCAGGGGCUGCUGGGACUUCACCCGCUGGACCUGUUGGUAACUUCGUAAGUAUGCCAUUCCCAUGUAUGCCAUUUAGUUUUGCUAAAUGACAUUUCGUUUAAGGAAUGUAGAAAUACUUUUAAGUGAUAUAAAUAGAGAACAAAGAAAUUAAAGAUUUGGGCUGGUAACUGAAAGUUGUGAAUCUAACAUGGACAAGAUUGUCAUGGAUACAUUUUACUGUUACAUACAAAUAGCUUUUGUAACCUUUCAAUCCCUUUAUAUCUAAAUGACUCUCAACCUAAUUUAUAGGCAUUUAAAUGUCACCAUAUAUUCAUGAAAAAUCCCCUUUGGAGCUGUUGAGCAGCAGUAUUUAUUUCCACCACAUGUGCGCUACAGGAGCGUUCUCCAGCGCUUAUCUCCGGAUUCACUUGAUUA